CUCCGAAACAUUUUAUUUAUCAUAAAAUAUUUCUAAUUUAGUUUACUAAAUCGUUUUUUUUUUGAGUAUUCAAUAUUUAGUUAAAUGUUGCCUUUAAUUCUUUAUACGAUUUAAAUGUUGCAGCUUUUUUUCGGAUUUUUUCAUUAAAAAACCAAAGCUACCUAUAAAAAAUAAAUAAAAAUAAAAUCGUGACUGUGGCUUCAGUUACGUUGGUCACAACUUUUGCAUAUAAAUGAAAUAAACCACGAAGUUAACUAAUUAAAAAAAUUAUAACGUUUUUUGGAAUAAUCAAACUCCCAACUGAUUUCAUACACGAUGGCAGGUAACUCUGGUAUGGAACAUUUGAUCCCCAUAGUAAACAAACUCCAAGAUGCUUUCGUCUCUCUUGGCAUUCCUCUGGGGCUCGACCUCCCCCAGAUUGCCGUCGUCGGUAGUCAGAGUGCAGGGAAGUCCAGUGUUUUGGAAAAUUUUGUUGGCCGAGAUUUUCUUCCUCGUGGUUCGGGAAUUGUUACCAGGCGCCCUCUGGUGCUACAGCUGGUGUUUUCCAAACAAGAAUACGCAGAGUUCCUACACUGCAAAGGUAGAAUUUUCAGUGAUUUCGAUCAAGUCAGGAAAGAAAUUGAAGAUGAGACCGAUAGGGUAACUGGGAAAAACAAGGGUGUAUCUAAUAUACCAAUCAACUUAAGGGUCUACUCACCCCAUGUUCUCAACCUAACCUUAAUCGAUCUGCCGGGCAUGACUAAGGUUCCUGUGGGCGAUCAGCCCCCGGACAUCGAGGUCCAGAUCAGAAACAUGCUACUGGAGUUCAUCAGUAAGGAGAACUGCCUGAUCCUUGCAAUCUCCCCUGCCAAUACUGACCUCGCCAAUUCAGAUGCAUUGAAAAUUGCUAAGGAGGUUGAUCCACAAGGCUUGAGAACAAUUGGCGUCAUCACAAAACUGGACCUCAUGGACGAGGGCACAGAUGCCAAGGACAUUCUGGAAAAUAAGCUCCUCCCACUUAGAAGAGGAUACAUAGGCAUUGUGAACAGGAGUCAGAAAGACAUAGACGGAAGGAAGGAUAUCAGGUCAGCCAUGGCAGCUGAAAGAAAAUUUUUCCUCAGCCAUCCAGCAUACAGACACAUGGCAGAUCGCAUGGGAUCAAACUACCUGCAGAAAGUGCUGAACCAGCAACUGACCAAUCACAUUCGAGCCACCCUACCCUCACUCAGGAAUAAACUACAAUCACAAUUAAUAUCCAUGGAGAAAGAGGUAGAAGAGUACAAAAACUUUCGACCUGAUGAUCCAACAAGGAAGACCAAGGCCCUCAUGCAAUUGAUAAACACUUUCAACUUUGACCUUGAGAAGUCGAUCGAGGGUUCGGGGUCGGAGGUCAACGUUCAUGAACUUUCUGGUGGUGCAAAGAUCAACAAAAUAUUCCACGAGAGAUUUCCGUAUGAGAUUGUACAGAUUGAAUACGAUGAGAAGGAACUAAGAAAAGAAAUAACCUAUGCCAUUAAAAAUAUACAUGGUAUAAGGACAGGUCUAUUCACUCCAGACAUGGCGUUCGAGGCCAUAGUGAAGAAGCAGAUCGACAGGCUGAGGGAGCCGUGCAUCCGAUGCGUCGACAUGGUCGUCACUGAGUUGAGUGCUGUCGUCCACAAGUGCACCGAGAAGAUGAACCGUUAUCCGCACCUACGCGAGGAGUGUGAACGAAUUGUGAACACGAAAUUAAAGGAGGAUGAACAAAGGACGAAAGACCAACUUGUUCUCAUGGUCGAGGUGCAACUUGCUUACAUGAACACUAAUCAUGAAGAUUUCAUUGGGUUUGCCAAUGCUCAGCAGAGAUCAGAAGUCGUCAAGAAGAAAACAACAAAUCAGGUGAUCCGCAAGGGUUGGUUGGCCCUACACAACAUCAGCAUGUUCAAGGGUGGCCAUAAGGAGUUCUGGUUCGUUCUGACCGCUGAAAAUUUUUCCUGGUACAAAGAUGAUGAGGAGAAAGAAAAGAAAUACAUGCUGCAGUUGGAUAACUUGAAGGUUAAGGACUGUGAGAGUGGCUUUAUGAGUAGGAAGAUCAUCUUUGCGCUGUUCAAUACUGAAGGAAGAAACGUUUACAAGGAGUACAAGCAGCUGGAGCUGUCAGCUGAUAACCAAGACGAAGUUGACAGCUGGAAAGCAUCUUUCCUCAGGGCGGGUGUCUAUCCAGAGAGGAACCAAAAAGAUAUUGAUGAUACUAAAGAAGACCUAGGGAAAUCGGAUCCUCAAUUAGAGAGGCAAGUUGAAACUAUUAGAUCGCUGGUGGCUUCAUACCUAAGCAUCGUCAACAAGAUGACUAAAGAUCUGGUCCCCAAGACUAUCAUGUUCAUGCUUAUUAAGAAAUUGAAGGAAUUCUUGGGCACUGAGCUGUUGGCCCAUCUGUAUUCAUCCGGCGAUCAGGCUCAGUUGAUGGAGGAGUCUGCCGACGAGGCACACCACAGGGAGGAGAUCCUACGCAUGUACCACGCCACAAAGGACGCCCUCAACAUCAUCGGUGACGUCACCUCAUCUACCGUCGCUACCCCCGUGCCACCGCCUGUCAACGACGAGUGGCUCGCUUCUAGUGGCGCUGGUAACAGCAGUAGUAGUAGCAGCAGUUAUGGUGGUAGCGGUGGUGGCAGUUAUGGUGGCCAUGCGUCGUCAAGAGGCUCCCACAAUCAGCAGUUCGGUGGAGGUGGGAUGACGAAUUCUGUUUAUAAUGGACUGUCGUCAUCAGCCACGACUCUUCCAGCGCGCCCUGCACCGGUUGCUCCCAACAAACCAUCACUUCCAGGUCGGGCUGGCCCCAGUCCCGUCAUGGGGAAUUCCCAAACCGUACCCGGAAACCUCCCGCCACCUUUGAUUCCAACACGCCCUGGAAGCAGCGCCAUGCCACCGAGAAUUCCAGACAGACCGUCUGUUCCUAAAUAGUUUUUAUAUUACUACAAAAAAAACUAUAAUAAAAUUGACAUUAUUAUUAUUAUUAUUAUUAUUAUUAUUAUUUAUUAAUUAUUAUUAUUUGUAUUAAUUAUUAUUUUUAUUAUCAUUAUUAUAUGAAGAAUAUUAUUAUCUAUAGCAUCACAUAUAAUAGUCCAAAUUUCGCUAGUUUCCAAAUUUCCAAAUGAAAAUUUACACAUUUGUCUAUACGCUCUUUCUAUCAUCAUCAUUAUUAUUAUUAUUCUUUUUAUUAUUUUUGUUAUUAUUAGUAUUUUUAUUAUUAUUAUUGUUGUUGUACAUCACACCAUAGCUGCUGCAGUUCACAUUUAUCACUUUGGUCGCGCGCAUUACGAUUGAGGUCUGCUAAUUAUUCUUUUUAUUAUGACGACUAUAAUUAAUAUAAUAAUAAUAAAUAUUAUUAUUAUUAUAAUUAUAUAUUUAUACUUUAAUUAAUAUAAUAAUAAUAUUAAUUAUUAUUAUUAUUAUUUAUUAUAAUGUACGAUAAUUAUGAACUAUGCCCAUUAUCAGCUCUAACUUGUACAUACAUACAAUCACACAUAUAUUUAUCAUUAACAUUUUUUGAUUGUUCAUUAAUUAAUUAUUAUUAUUAUUAAAUAUUGUCAUUUUCAUUAUUAUUAUUGUUAUUUAUUUGUAUUAUUAUUGUUAAUUUUAUUUUAUUCUUAUUGUUAAUGUAAUUAUUUUGCGGAUCAAUUAUUAUUAUUGUAAUAGAUGCCACUAUUCUUAUUAGUAAUGUACAUGCAUAUACACAUAUAUACACGUAUGUGCAAAUACACACACACGCAUGCACACACACAGACACACACACACAAACUGAUUAAUUUUUCUUAUACAAACAUGCUUAUAUUCAGGCAUAUAUGCUAUAGAUACUGUCAACAUAUAGCUUAUUAUCAUAUUAUGAAAUAUGUAAUUCAUCAAUUUUGCGCGUGUGACUUUUGUAAUUUCGUGUGUGUGUGUGUGUGUGUUGUGUGUAUGUGUGUGUGUGUAUGUGUGUGUGAAAGUGUGCAUGUGUGUGCAUGUGUGUGUGAGCACGUUUAGUGUUAUCAUGUUACUAUAAAUAAGGACAGUAAAAUUAAUGUUAGAACCUUAUUGUAAUGUUGAUUGAUUAAUCAUACAUUAGUUUACUUCAUUCAGUUUAUUAUAAAAUUUGAUUUAUGAUUAAAAUAAUUGAUUAAUUUAUUUAUUUAUAAUUAUUACUCCUCUAUCCUUCACUCACUCGUUCGAACUACUCCCCACUUGACGAAUAGCUUUUAUCAAUAAAACUAUUUUUAUUUGAACUAUU